GAAGAGAUGGAGCCGAGCGCUCUUUCAUUUCCAUAGAGAAAUACGCGCACCUAGUAAGCGACACAGCGCGGCGCACAAUCUACACCUGCGUUUUUCUAUAUUUAUCGUCAUUCACCGCAUUGCCAAUCCAUUAUCCUGCCGCUCUCCAUGUUGGAUUUGGGGUGAUUCAAAUGUUGUUGUGGCAGAGAGAUAAGUGGAGAGCGAGAUGGAGAGAGACCGUGUUUUUUAAUAUUGCUCAUUGGAUUGAAAGUAAAGAUGGGAAUCGGUGAGGCGCAAGCGAGAGGUUGUGCGCGAGGGUUGUAGCGGAUGCUGAUGUUUUCUCGAGCUCGCUCCUUUCUAAUUCCCCCCACGGAGAGAGAGCUGCGAGUGGAGUAGAGCGCUUUGCGUGACCCACACACGCAUUAUCUAUUGCGUGAAUGAAAAGAAAAACGGAUAGAAUAGAUCAUGCCAAUUAUCUCGUUCUUCUUGCCUUUAGUGGCUGGGUUAGGUCUUUUUCACUGGUAUGGAGAAGCGAGUAACAUUUCACCAUUGUGCUCUAGCAUUGCCGCGUCAGCUGACAGCCUAUGCACAUCACUGUGGUGAUGGGGAGGUUGUUGUAGCGGCUGCAAAAAUAAUCAGAGGAUUUUGAAUACAUGGAGUUUAAAUGGACAGACUUAAAAGGAAUAGAUUGCUUGGACGUGCAAUAGGCUGAUUUGUAGGCCUACAUCACUACCAAACAUAUAUGAAACAAAUACUGUAUUAUUGACAUGAUUAUAAAGCUUAUUAUGAGGAUAUGUAUGGACUAGAAGUAUGAGCUAGCAUGUCCGUUUUAAUAUGCUGGUAAUGGCGAAGGAGCUCUGAUAAAAUUGGCCUAUUAUUUAAUAUUCUCUACAGUGCAGUGGUUACCUCUAUACCCAAUGUGACUGCUCUGCGGGACUUCUACGCCUGGCCUAUUUGAGGCCUUGAAUGAAGUGUGUGUAGUGGGAUAGCAGCGGUCACCGUUUGGGGGGCGGCUUGUUUGCAUUCGAGGUGUAUAUAGGUGUCUAUGUAUGGACAAUGUAGUGAAAAUAUGUGGAGCAAAAUGUAUUACUGGUGUGUAGACUACACCUAUUAAUCUAGGAAUGAUCUCAUACUGCAUGUCAACACAGGAGAUUAGAUUGAAAAGACUCCCUUAAUGAGAGGAAGUGUGAGAAUGAUGGGGGAGCGCGCACCAGAGAGUUCCUGCCUGUGUGUGCGCGCUCUCUAUUUGAAGCAUGGAGCCGAUGAUGUAAUGCCUAGGAGUGUGUAACUGUGGCAGUGAGGCGAGUGUAGGCACGUGCCACAGCUCAGCCAACACUGGAACAGGGCCCUCUGCUGGCCCGAGGCAGUAUCGUACCGUAUGCCGUUUUGGACACAGCACCUCAUCCUAAGGAUUCAGUACUCCCCUGUUCACAUCCCAAUCUGUUCCCAUGUCCUACCUGAGAUGGAAUGUCAAUACUCACCUUAUUAUAGCAAAGUAACAUAGAAGCAUAGUAGCUUCAUGUGCACAGGCUUGGCUUCAGGCAUGAAGAGACAAUGGGGAGAGACGAUGGAGAGAGAGAGAGAGAGAAUUCACACAAAGUGUGUCUUGGCAGGUGCUGCCUCCCUGCCCUCCAUCAUAGUGCGUGUGGAGCACGGGGUGCUGAGUGAGGGGGGGCGCCCCCAGGGCAUGGGCAGUGUGGCCAGCGGGGAAUCCUCCUCGACCACCACCACCUCUGGUCAGCAGCAACAGCAGCAGGAGAUCGCCAUGCGGAGCGUGGGCACCCGCACCACCCAGCAGAACAGCCUGCCUCGCGCCCCCCCACCACCCCCCUCUUCCUCCUCCACCUCCAACUCUACCCACAGGGGCAGGAGCUUGGAAGAUAGGAGUUACAGCAUCGAGAGGUCCUCCCAGCAACCUCCUCCCCUGACCCAUGCUAAGGGGACUACGGCGGACGAACGCAGCUUUGCCACCGUUGAGAACUCUUCUACUUACUACGGCAGCGAGCGUCCUCCGCCGCUCUGCGAGGGACAGAGAGAGAGAGGGCCCCCAUCCAUAACAACGGCAACAGACAUGUCUCCAAUGGCAAUAGGGGCAUUCCCAAUGGGAGCCGAGCGGCAGCGGCGGGUAACAGUGAGAGGCAGGUGGCAAAUGCAGUGUUUCUGAAUGGAGGCGGGCGGCGUGAUGGGCGAGACCAGAGGGAUGGGCGGGACCAGAGGGAUGGGCGGGACCAGAGGGAUGGGCGUGAUGGGAGUAGAGAGGUGCCAAGAGGGGCGGUGAGUUUGGAUAUUUGUGGGAACAACGUGCUGAACAAUGAUAAGAACAGUAGCCAACAGCUGGCUCAGUACAAGGAGACGGGCGCCAGCGCAGCCAAGCUGGAUAACCAUAACAAUCCCCCCAACAUCCUCCCCAUCUCUGGGAAGAUGGAGCAGGUUCAGAGCAACGAAGGAUUGGUCCGCCCGUCUGCCUUUAAGCCUGUGGUACCCAAGAGCUUCCACUCCAUGCAGAAUCUGGUGUGCCCCCCCCAAACCGGAGGAGUGUGCCGCAGCGCCGGAGGAGGGUCUGGAGGUGGUGGGGGUCCCAGUGUAACAGGACCCCUCAGAGACACAGACAGCCCUGGCAGCCGGGGUGGAGGUACCAGAGGCGGAGGAGGGGGCGGCAGCAGGGGCGGAGGCCAGGGGAGCCUGUCCGACUCAGGGAGGAAUUCUCUAACCAGCCUGCCCACCUAUGCUGGCUCGGGCUACGGGCCUCCGCCUGUCCUGGGGCCCCUGAGUGCCUCUACCAGCCACAUCAACCACCUGGGGGCCACGGGGGCCCCAGAGAAGUUGGACAAGCCUGGUGGCAUUAGCGGUAGCGGGGGUAAUAGUGGAUACCAGAACGGACUGAGCGCCUCGGAUAGUGGUCGCUCUUCCUCCGGGAAGAGCUCCUUGUCCUAUCAGAGGCUCAGCCACCUGAGUGACGCCCCCGCGCCGCUUCGUCCCUCUCCCUCCUCCGAUGAUGUCAUCCAGGACCUGGAGGACCGGCUAUGGGAGAGAGAGCAAGAGGUUCUCCACAUGCGCCGUAACCUGGACCAGAGUGAGGCGGCCAUCGUCCAGGUGUUUGAGGAGAAGCAGCGCGUGUGGGAGCGCCAGAUGGACGAGCUGCGGCAGAAUUAUGCCUCGCGCCUGCAGCAGGUGACGCGUCGCGCUCAGCGCUCCCAGAGUGCCUUGCAGGCCCAGAUCAGCCGUCUGUCGCAGGAUAAGCGGCACCUACAGGAGGAGAUGGCUGCACUGCUGGCCCAGAAGGAGGAGCUGGAGAGGAAGUGCCUGGACUACAGGAAGGAGCAGGCCGAUAUCCUGCCCCGCCUGGAGGAGACCAAGUGGGAGGUGUGUCAGAAGGCAGGGGAGAUCUCCCUGCUGAAGCAGCAGCUGAGGGAGAGCCAGGCGGAGGUGACCCAGCGGGCGGGGGAGAUGGUGGCCCUGCGGGGCCAGCUGAAGGAGGUCAAUGCCCAGCUGAGGGACCGGGAGGAGGCCAUGCUGGGCCUCAAGGACUCUUACAGCACCAAGAGCCUGGAGCUGGAGCGUUGCGAAGGGGAGCUGCAGAGGACGCUGACCGAGGUCUCUCUGCUGAGGGACAAGCUGGGCAUGUUUGAGGCUGAGGUGGUGGGGCUGAAGCGGGCCCUAGGUGAGCUCAGUGCGAGGGAUAGGGCCAUCGAGGCUAGGGGUGGCGGAGGAAGCAGGGAAGCAUCCAGGACCCGAGGGGGGCUUUCCUCCCCACACAGCCCACCUGAGGGCUCUGCCUUCUCCUACCCAGCCUUGCCUCCACCCCCUGUACCUCCCCCAGAUGCCAUACUGAGUUUGCAGAGCGAUGAAGCUAAAGUUCAGCGCCAGGAGGCCCACCAGCGCCAGGAGGCCCACCAGCGCCAGGAGGCCCACCAGCGCCAGGAGGCCCACCAGCUUCAAGAGGCUCAAUUGCGGCAGGAAAUCCACCAGCAGCGCCAGGAGGCCCACCAGCAGUGGGAGGAAGCGGGGGAUCUGCGCCGGCAGCUGGAGCGCCUCCAAGGCGAGCUGCGUCUCGAGCGGCAGCAGCGCGAGCGGCAGGCCCACACUUUCAAGAAGGAGCGCCACGUGUGGAUGGACGAGAAGGAGCGUGUGCUCAAGUACCAGGCCCAGCUGCAGCUCAGCUAUGUGGAGACCCUGCAGAAGAACCAGGCCCUGGAGCUCCGCGUCGGCCAGCUGGGCUCCAAGCUCACCUCCACCAACACCACCCCCUCGCCCACCUCACCAACCCGACAGUCCCUGGCCCCCAUCCCCCUGCCUGCCCCCGUCACCCCCCUACCCUCCCUCUCUCUCUCCCCACCUCCCCUCGCCGAGGACAAGAAUUCCCCCCCUGCCCUCCACCAGCUGGCCCCCCCCUGGCCGGUGCCCACCCGUCUGGAGAGGAUAGAGUCCACAGAGAUCUAGAUUCUAUUUGCUGUAGAUAUAUGGCCCUCCAGAACACUGCCGAUCAGUUAAAUUCAGCUUAUACAAACGUUUACAAUAAUUAAACCAUACCACAUAGCACCUGUAUCAAUAGCAUUAAUUCGGUACAGUCCUAAAUGGUUAUACUACUCACUGCUACCCCGGGGCGGUCCUAGGACGCACUGCACUAUGAAUGGUGGACAGAGGCAUGGAGGACCAAUGGGAAAGGGGGAGAAAAAUAACAGUUUAGACUGUGGUAUUCAAAGCCGCUCUUCAAGCCCCCUUGUAUGCAGGUUUUUAGAUCGAUUGAUCUGCUGUCCACAAUAUGAGGCAAUCAAAUUAACAUUUAGGUUGGGGUGAAGAUUGGAGUCAAGAGUAACACACUACUGGAAAAGCUAUUGUUACAUUGUUGUUAGCAUGAUAUUCAUAUAUCAUAAAGAGCAAGACAGUGUGUGGGUGAAAUUAUUUGAAAUACAAAACCUGUAGAAUCUAUUUAAAUCAAGCCCAAUACUACUACUACAGUUAACAAAUAAUGUAAAAGUAUAGACAAGGGAAUUAUCCUGCAGAUUUUGCCUAGGACAUCAUAAUAACUGAUGUAUGAUAGAGAGUUUGAAUAAAACACAGUUUUACCAACCUAUAUACAAAAAGGAGCUUGAAGGACAACAUUGAACACUACUGUUGUAAGUGUCAGAUUUGAGGCAUGACUGUUGGGCAUGUGUGGUUAUGGUAUGCCAUGUGCAACUGGUCGAGGGCCAGUUCUUCUGCUUAAUUCACAUGGUUAUAUCAAAAUCCAAUCAAAGUUUAUUGGUCAUGUACACAGAUUAGAAUAAUCUGUUAACAAUAGGAACGAGGUAAAGACAGCUAUGAUUCAGGUAAAUGGGGAGAUCCAUCCACACAGCCUCCCCCUGUGGCUUUAUGUGUGCUAUAAGAACACACCACCACACCAAAUCACUAAGGAAACAACCAAAAGGUUAGGAUACAGAAGCCGUUUUUAAGGGAUGUGAGAUGUGUUUUUCAGGAGUGUAUUGCAUUGUAUCAUGGUAAGGGGGGGACUGGUGAGAGGCGUGCUUGGUUGAGAUAUGGAAAUGAGGCUUCAGAACCCUAAGGGGCAGGAUUGCAUGACAGGAUCAGUUGUAUAAACCAAUCGGAGAUCUCCAAAUAUUUGAUGGAACUGCAGCUGUGAGUGAUUAACAGCACAUUGCUGGGUUUAAAAGCCUUUGUUUCCUACCUCUCCAGUGAUGCUGUACAUGUAGGUUUCUCUGUGCUGUCAGUAGCUGCAGUGACUGAGGAUUGCCACCAUGUGGCGACAACUGACACAAAAUGGCUUGAUCAAUCCCAGGAUGACCUCUUUUUUUUGUGGCAUUUUUCUUCGUUUCGAAACUAUGUAGGUGACAGCCAAAAGCAGUUUGUAAUUUGUUGACGUUCUAGAUGCUUUUGGUCUCUAUUGAUAUUUCUUAAAGUGACAGAAAAGGACAUGUUAGGGAUUAGGUAAUGGGCGAGUUUGUUUUGCAUGGCAAGGUUGGUCAAUGAAGCUGCUUAUCUGAGCAAAGUGUCUAUUUAAGAUCACUAGCAUCAGGUUGUAGCUGAGCCAGCAGACUUGGUGUUAGAUACUCAUGGUGAGAUUCAGACUUUAUAGGAAGAGUAAUGUAUUUUAGGAAUGAUUCUUUGAGACAAUGGAGUUUUGUGUGGUGUACUUGUUUGAACAGGACCCACCAUUAUUUGAAAAAACUAUGUAUAUGUCAAUAUAUACUACCUUUAUAGAUAUCAAGAUUAUAUUUGGCUGUAUGGGACAUUUUACAAUAUAUGAAACUAUUCUAAACAUUAUAGUGUGUACAGUAUAUGUUGACAUAUAUUUUAUAAUGGGUCUGGGCAAUUUAGAGAAUGCCUUUGUGAAGUGAGGGGUGAAAGGAGUGAGGACUUAAAGAGAGAAUGAAUGUUAGAGGACUGGUUUAUAUGAGGAUGGUGUAAGUAUAGAGGGAUGGAGGCCCACAUACCCUCUGUCUUGGGGCAACAUUUGCUGCUAUGUACUUCUGUUGUGUCCUGCUGUGUUCUUGGUAGAGACAGAAAGUCAGUGUACUUGGAUGUAAAUAUAAUUUAUUUAUUAUGUGUACAUAUAUAUUCAAAUAUAUCUAUCUAAGCUAUUGCGUGUGAAUACUUUAAGAUGAUUAUUGUGAAUUAAUGAGACAGACAUUUCUGCUUUAAUUUUUUUUACUAUAUCAAUAUAAAUAUAUAAAUAUAUACAUAUAUUAAAUCUUUUUAAUUUUGAUCUACUACAUGUUACAGUACAACUAAAGCGAACGUUCAAAAACCAUUGUCUGUUUCUUUUUAUUGUUGUUUCAUCUCUUGCAAUGUCUUAAAAGACAAAAUGCUGCCAAGUUUUUUUUGGUAUUAUUUCUUAUUUUGUGUUACUGAAAAAUGGCUUGAAGAAAGCAAAUCUUAGCUAAUAUGAAUUUAAUUAAUAAAGUCGUGAUU